CCGGGUCGCCGGGACUUGGGCUGCAUCUGCGCUCCUCCCUCCUCGUUCUCUCUUUUCAUUAUGAAAAUAAAUCCCACUUUAUGCACCAAUGAAUAGCAGGAAGGCGGAGAAAGAGGCGGUGGCAGCAGCCUCGCCAUCAGCAGCUGUGCAGCGUCCGGUCUUGGGUAGGCUGGCGGUUCUGGGUCUGCUCCCUGCUUGCAGCCAGACACGGUACUGGGGAUGGUUUUGGGGGGGGAGCGGGGAGCCAGCGGGCAGGGCAGGGGGGCUCCCGAGCAGCACUGCCCCGCCUCUUGGGGUGGCAAGCUGGAAACAUGAACCUGAGGCUCCGGGCAUCCCAGGGAGGAAGCGUGCGCAGCCCCCCCGGUCCCCAACUCUGCAUGGAGGGGGAGCAAGGACGAAGUUUCUUUCCCUCGAUUCCCCCCUCGAGGAGCUGCUUGGGUGGGGGCGAAGGGGUGCAGAGAUGGACCCUCCCCGUUCUUUGUGUUAGGUCCCAGAGGCCUCGCCUUCGGGUUUUUGGGGGGCCGCUGGGGGUAGUUUUCUGGUCUUGUGGGCUCCUGGGAUUUGGUGAAGUCAGGAGGCGAGGGGUUGUUGGGUCAAAGGAGCAACAGCAAGGAGGAAAAACGAGACAAAUAAACGGAUGGUCUUAAAGGGGAAUGGGUGGGUCCGAGCCAAACCCGGGAUUUAUAAAAACAACAUUUUAAAAUAAUAACUCAUAUAUCUCACCCUUCUCUUGAGGAGCUUUGGGUGGUCUGGAGUGGUUUUACUAAAAGGGUUUGAAUAUGUUAUCUAAAAAUUAGGAGUGCGAAAUGGGUUGCCUGGGCCUUAAGGGAGCAAGGCUGCUGUGUCUCCAGUUACCCAAAUUGUGUGUGUGGAUGUGUCCUUUUAUAUAUAGAAUCAUAGAAUUGUAGAGCUGGAAGGAACCCAAAGAGUCAUCUAGUCUAACCUCCUGCAGAACAUGUUUUAAAACUCUUUCCCCCCAGCCUGCGCAAACCUCACCUGAUACAUGAGGAGUUCAAAUGUGGAAUCGGCUCUUGACUAUUUUGCCUUCCUACCUUGUUUGAUCCUUGGCAGUCUAACUUCCUCUCUCUUUUUUAAGUGUAUUAAAAUUGCAUCUACUCAUAGCACCAGCCUUUUCUAGGUGUGGUGUAGGGUUCAGGAGUGGUGCGGUGCCAUGAGGAAGCCUGCAGUGUGAAUGUGUGAAUCUUAGAGUUGGAAGUGACCCGCAAUAUCAUCCAGCAACACAGGAAUCCUGGACUUCUUUGUGUUGGCUCAUUGAUCCAAGAGAUCCAGUUUGCCCCUUCCAGGCUCUGGCUUUGCAACAAGACUCAGGUAGCGAAGUCCUGUGGAGAGUGUAUUAACUUAUGGUCUGCGUGUGUGGUUUGGGAGCUGCACGGUCAGGGGAAAAACAAUGCUGUCCAGGGUUGUAAAGACCGCGGAGAGAAUAAUUGGGUGCACUCUUCCCACCUUAGAUCAAAUCUAUGCUUCCAGGUGCCAUAAGAAAGCUGCAGAGAUAGCGCAGGAUAGUGAUCUCUUUCAGCUUCUGCCUUCUGGAAGAAGGCACAGGGUUAUAAAGACUAGGACUAGCCGUCUGAGAAUCAGUUUCUACCCAAAUGCAAUUUUGGUUUUAAAUGCAGUAUAAGGAGUCUCUAUGGGAGUAUAUUGCAUUCAUAGCUGUCAACUUUCAGAUUUGAAAAUAAGGGAUCAGCAGCCUCACCUGUCCCGGAGACAGUCUACGGGAUAUCCAACAAUCCGGGAUAGCAGCAGGAAGCAGCGGGAAACAGUGCUGAAAUAAGGGAAUUUCCCGCAAAAAAAGGGAAGGUUGACAGCUAUGAUUGCAUUUAAAAAUGGGGUAACAGAGUUUUUAGGGGGCUAACCAGGUCAGGAUAGCUGGAAUAGCAGGCUUGUUGGUUUUUGAAUGUCUUAUGUAGAUUUUUCAAUUUCAUUGUUCUGUAUGGGACAAUGACAAUAAAGAUUAUCGUAUCGUAUCGUAUCGUCCUGAUGUGAGCUGGAGAGAACCCAUGUGCAGGGCAACCGAUUCUCCACUCCUGUCCAACUGUCCAGGUCUGCAGCCUGUGUUAAAAGAGCUCUCGGGGUAAGGGAAUCAGCGAUCACUAGCCAUGAUUGCUCUGGGCUACUGAGGGUGGCAUGAUACCUCUGGAUAUCACUUGCUGGGGGCAAAGUGGGGCAGGGACUGCUGUAUUUGUCUUCUAUCUGCAGGCUUCCCAGGGCUGGCCACUGUGAGAACAGGAGUCUAGAUGCUGAUAUUUAAUGAUAGCAACCAUUGCUGACAACAGCGGGGAGGGAGAGGCUCAGGGGGUGAAUGUGGCCCCCUCGGCCUCUCUAUCUGGCCCUCGGGACAGUCUCCCUCACUUGCCCUUAAGAGCCCUGAACUAAGACAAUGCCUCUUGUCUGGUUGCCUUGGUCAUUUGACCUUUGCCUGGUUGGAAAAUAGAAAAGUGAGAGUCACAUCCCUUGCCCUGCAGAAUCUUUGCCUCUGCCCCCCGCCCUGGCAUGCAGCCCCCGGAAAGUUUCCCACAAGGCAGUGCAGCCUGGAAAAUCUCCCCCUCCCCCACCUGACUUGUUGCCCGCUCUUCCUCAAAGCUAGGACCAAGGCGACUAACAACAAAAUGCAAAAGAGAACAGUAAAAACAGCAAAAGCAAUAUAACCUUACAAGAAAUGAGUUGGCAUCAAAGAUAAUUGGCCCUGGCCAAAGCAGUUGGCAGCACGAUAAAGCAAAGCCACGAAGCCCCCUCAUUAUGGCCCCUGGGGACAAUCCAGCAAAGACUCUUUAUCAGGACGAGAUUCCCACCCCCCAAUUUCAUCUGAUCCUGCAGGGCUCCUCUGAAAUAUUUAUUGCACGGGCGUUGAGCAAAGGUACUGCUGUCUGAUCUGGGCCCAGGAUGGGAAAACAGUCAGCAAGUUGUCAUGAGCACAGUGCAACCUCAGCAGCCCUGCAGAAAGUUAAAUUCAUGAGGCUACUCUCUGUUCCUGUGAGAUUUGUGUUUGUGUGUGUGUUUUGGGGCUCCGGUAGAGUAUGUUUCACAUUGCGCUCUUUCAAUGGCUCUUCUGCCGUUUUCCAUGCUGGGCUCCUUUAGCAGAACGGGCAGGAUAUACUGUAUUUUUCGCUCUAUAAGACGCACCAGACCACAAGACGCACCUAGUUUUUGGGGGAGGAAAACAAGAAAAAAAUAUAUUCUGAAUCUCAGAAGCCAGAACAGCAAGAGGGAUCACUGUGCAGUGAAAGCAGCAAUCCCUCUUGCUGUUCUGGCUUCUGGGAUAGCUGCGCAGCCUGCAUUCGCUCCAUAAGACGCAGACACAUUUCUCCUUACUUUUUAUGAGGGAAAAAGUGAGUCUUAUAGAGCAAAAAAUACAGUAAAUGAGGUGGAGGAAAAGGAGAGCCUGAGUAGGACCCGGAAGGCACAGCAGAAAUCAAAUGGGAGCAAACAAGGGAGCCCAAGGUGUUUCAGACCUUGCUGGUUCUCCUGCCGGGACGUUCAGAGGAAAGCAGAGCCAACAUUCUGAUUUCCAGCCAGGCAUCGACGGUAUUCUAACUCGUUUGCCCAAAGUGACCAGUAAGGUAGCAAAAGGGGAGGAAGCCACCUUGGGCUGUGUCCAGUUGCCCUUAAGGGUGGCACAGUGGGAAAGGCACAGAUCCGACCCACUCGCAGGAAACUCCAUCAUGCAAAACCCCAGUUGGAAGGCAUGUCCGCUCCUGUUCUGUUCAAUGAGGCUUACAUAGGAAGACCACUCUGGGCAUCUUGGCCAUGCGUAGGGCUGGCAAGAUUUUUUUUUGCUGCUCCCAGUGACGUUACUUGGUUUGGUAUCAUCCUCCUACUCUCCUCCCCACCCAGCUACAAAAUUAAUUGCUAGGUAAUUCAUAACUACACAAUGUUUGCUUAUCAAUAUUUAAUACACAAAAUAAUUUAUAAAUGCCUUCUUAAAGGUAAAGGGACCCCUGACCAUUGGGUCCAGUUGUGGCUGACUCUGGGGUUACGGCGCUCAUCUCACUUUAUUGGCAGAGGGAGCUGGCGUACAGCUUCCGGGUCAUGUGGCCAGCAUGACUAAGCCGCUUCUGGCGAACCAGAGCAGCGCAUGGAAACGCCGUUUACCUUCCCGCCGGAGUGGUACCUAUUUAUCUACUUGCACUUUGACGUGCUUUCGAACUGCUAGGUUGGCAGGAGCAGGGACUGAGCAACGAGAGCUCACCCCGUCACGGGGAUUCGAACUGCCGACCUUCUGAUCAGCAAGUCCUAGGCUCUGUGGUUUAACCCACAGCGCCACCCGUGUCCCUAAAUGCCUUCUUAAUUUGCUUAAAAAUAUUUCUCUUUUGGAAGUUUAAAAGCCGUAGAAGAGAAGUUCAGACAGCACAGUCAGGCCUUCUCUCUCUCUCUUUCUCAUUUUUUGGUCAAUUAAAAUGCAGCCCAAAGCCAUUGUUGCUGCCAUGCUGGCAAGAGAUUUGCGGCUCAACGUCUACCCAAAGUGGCGGGGAGUGUUGUGACCAUUUUGUAUGAUGGUAGAUCCCAACUCCCAUCAUUCUUGUCUGGGGCCGAUGGGAAUUGGAGACUAAUAGCACCUGGAGGGCCACAAGUUCCCCAUCCCGUGUGUGUGUGUGUGUGUUAUUUCAGCCUUAAAUAGGGCUGGGGAAACUUGUGUCUCUCCAGGUGCUGUUAGACUCCAGCUCCCAUCGCGGCUAAACACGGCAUGUUGCUUACCUCCUUCACUAAGUGAGGAAGAAAGCUUUCAAGGGCCCUUCAAUGUUAAUGAAAAUCUCUCUGUGUUUAGAGGUAAACACAGCUGGAUGCUUAAGGUGAGACGGUUGUGACAUCUCUGUGUGAUGCAAUUUUGUUCCGUUUUAAAUUUAGUGUAGUUGAUGUUAGAGGUCACGGUUAAGGUGUGGUACCUGUCAUCAUGACGGUAACUCAUGUCCUGGGUGAUGACAUUCAGACUGAGGUGUGCUUGGUCUUGUUAUUCGGCUCACUGGUAAAUAUGGGUGUGAGUCAAACAUAAAUAAAUCACUAUGUAGCAAAUUACAUGGAAAUGCCAAGUCAGAGAAGUGUAAAGGGGAUCAAACCGGUUUUUUGCCCUCGUAGCUUUUUUAACGACUCUUUCUACUAAGUUUAUAAAUAAAUUAUAACAUUUUCCAUGGAAAUAACAUUGUAAUUGUAGUUCAUAAAUCAUAAAACGAUAGUAAGACAGUUGUGUGGACAAUGCCAUAUAAAAUCCGCUAGUAACCCACAGUACAGAGGGGAAACUAUGGAUGCAGUUUAGCUAUAUAAUUAUUAUUACAUUAAACUAUAAAAAAGUAUUGUCUUGACUUCUAAAGUAACCUUGAAAAGUCAUUCAGUUUCUCCAAUAAAAUGGUGUCCCAAAUCUUUUUUAACCAUUUUGAAAUGGUUUGUUAUCUGUAAAGCUUUCCAUUAUGUGGCAGUACAGAUAAGAUCAAUAUAGGGACCGGCCCUGCUGUUAGGUAGGGUGAGGCAGCUGCCUCAGGCAGCAGAUUUGGCGGGACGGGAGAGGAAAUGGAGGACAGAGCUGUGGGUGCUGUGUGGCCCACCAUCCAUUCUCCAAACUGCUUUGCUGCCUUUAGUUGCAGUAGAGGACACUAUCCUACUGUCAGCACCAAAGUAAGAUUCAACGGCCUAUCAGUUGUCAUCUGUGCGCAGAACUGGCCAAAUACCUUUUUCCUAGAUGCCCGCCCCCUUAAAAAAUAAAGUGAAAAAAUAAAAUUGCCAAGCAUGUAAACCUGAAUGUGUGUAAGUUGUGAGUUACCUGUACUCUGGUGAGAUGUUAAUUGGGGCAGCGCCUGAAGUUGUGUUGAGUAGCUUAUCGUAUCCUUUGUACAAUGGCAGUAAAAAAAGAACAAAGAACUUUCCCAGUGAUACUAGCCUUUUGAGAUAGCAUUUCACUUAAAUGAAAUCAAAUGCUAUCUCACAAAGCUAGUAGCUGGCAAAGGCACAUUUUAUCAGAAAGUGUCUGGAGUCAGAAAUGGCUGUGUGAUGACCUCCUGGAAUUUGCAUUCCGUGUCUUCCUUUUCUGCAAGCUCAGGACAUUUGAGUGGAGAAUCUUUAACCAGGCAAAAUUCUUCCUUCGGGCUUUAAUGAGAGAUGGGUGAAGGGAGGUAUUAAUAGGGCCAGGAGUGUGUAGUUCAAAACCUGCCUGCCAGGGUGUUUGUAGCAAAAAAAUGGGACGGAACAGGAAAGCUGGCCGCUUAAUAAUAAUAAUAAUAAUAAUAAUAAUAAUAAUAAAUUUUUAUUUAUACUACACCCUCCCGGGCUCAGGGCGGCUAGCAACCAAUAAUAAAAACAAGUUGAUUAAAAUACAAUUUAAAAGAUUAAGAUACAACAUUAAAACAUUAGGGUGCAAUCUCUUCAUAGGAAGAGAAAGGAAAAAGAAAGAGGGGGAGGGAAUCAAACUGAUUCUAAGCCAAAGGCCAGGUGGAACAACUCUGUCUUACAGGCCCUGCGGAAAGAGAUCAGAUCCCGCAGGGCCCUGGUCUCAUGAGGCAGAGCGUUCCACCAGGCUGGAGCCAGUGUUGAAAAGGCCCUGGCUCUGGUUGAGGCUAAUCUAACUUCCUUAGGGCCCGGGACCUCUAGGGUGUUGCUUUAUAUGGAUGUUAAGGUCCUCCGGGGGGCAUAUCGGGAGAGGCGGUCCCGUAGGUACGAGGGUCCUAGGCUUUAAAGGUCAAAACCAGCACCUUAAAUCUGACCCUGUACUCCACCGGGAGUCAGUGCAGCUGGAAAAGCACUGGGUGAAUAUGCUCCCACGGCAGAGACCCUGUGAGGAGCCUCUGCGUCACCACUCCCAAAAGAAUGCAGAGUGCCUGUGCAAACUUAAAUGUUUUGAUGCAAAUAUAGAAAUGAGACCUGUCGUUUAAAGUGAAUUGCAUCUGUGCCAUGGGGGAAGUCUUGACUCGGUGACCUGUGUGUCCCCUAAGCUGACUGUGUGGAGGCUAACUGUGAAUGAGCUGGUUCAAGGUGCCUUCUCUCUUCUUGGAGGGGGGUGUCUUUAUCCCCCCCCCCAAUCUAACAUGGAAUGGAAAGUCCUUCAAAUCUUCUUCUUCUUUGGCAAUCCCUCGUAGCCAAGUAAGAUUGUCUUCCAUAAACACGGUUUUAACAAUGAGUCCGUAAGUGACUGUGGAGGCCAGUUCUGGAUCCACACGUCCUUCCACAGUGGGGACAUUAGUUUCCGGGCGGGAGUUGAUCAUGGUGUGGAUUUGCCAAGCGUGCCUUCCUCUUAGCACGUUUCUCCCUUGCGUCCUGAGUUUGAGUGUCUUCAAAGCCCAUGACACCUUUGGUAAAGGCUGUUCUCCAAUUGGAACGCUCACAGGCCAGUGUUCCCCAGUUGUCAGUGUUUAUACUACUUUUUUUUUUAGAUUUGCCUUGAGACAGUCUUUAAACCUCUUUUGUUGACCACCAGCAUUACGCUUUCCAUUUUUAAGUUCGGAAUAGAGUAGAGGAAUAGAGGGCUGUCGACGAGAGCCAGUGUGGUGUAGUGGUUAAGAGCGGUGGACUCAUAAUCAGGGGAACCGGGUUCGAUUCCCUGCUCCUCCACAUGCAGCUGCUGGGUGACCUUGGGCCAGUCACACUUCUCUGAAGUCUCUCAGCCUCACUCACCUCACAGAGUGUUUGUUGUGGGGGAGGAAGGGUAAGGAGAAUGUUAGCCGCUUUGAGACUCCUUUGGGUAGUGAUAAAGCGGGAUAUCAAAUCCAAACUCUUCUUCUUCUUCCUGGGAUUUGUUUCCAAACCUGAGGAGAUCAGUGGCCUCAAUGAGCCAGCGGCUUUCUGCCCCCAUCAUGCCAUCCACCCAUCACAAGGGCAUGAUUCUGGGCAGCAGGACCUAGGGAAGCGAGCAGGGCUGGCGCAUGACAGCAGGCUCCCAGUGCCAAGUUACUCUUUGGGUCCAGUAUCAGCGCCCGCCAUGAUUUUGCAGGGGAGUCUGUCCUUUUUGGAAGGCGGGUGGCGCUGUGGGUUAAACCACAGAGCCUAGGACUUGCCGAUCAGAAGGUCGGCAGUUCAAAUCCCCGUGACGGGGUGAGCUCCCAUUGCUCGGUCCCUGCUCCUGCCAACCUAGCAGUUCGGAAGCAGGUCAAAGUGCAAGUAGAUAAAUAGGUACUGCUCUGGUGGGAAGGUAAACGGCGUUUCCGUGCGCUGCUCUGGUUCGCCAGAAGCGGCUUAGUCAUGCUGGCCACAUGACCCAGAAGCUGUACACCGGCUCCCUCGGCCAAUAAAGCGAGAUGAGCGCCGCAACCCCAGAGUCGGCCAUGACUGGACCUAACGGUCAGGGGUCCCUUUACCUUUUACUCUCCCUUUUGGGAUUUCUAGCUUGCUGGGCUCAGUGCCCUCUCCAACAUACAGAGCGAUAGCCACACCUGGCAUGCCCUUCUAUCCUUCCUAUAGAGCAGUGCUUCCCAAACUUGGCUCUCCAGCUGCUUUUGGACUACAAUUCCCAUCAUCCCUGACCCUGCUAGCUAGGGAUGAUGGGAGUUGUAGUUCAGAAACAGCCAAGUUUGGGAACACUGCUACAGAGCUUAUAGCCAGAGAUACCUAUGCCCCACUGGUUCUCUCUGUUCCACCAGGUUUCUGUGAUGCUCACUGUAUCAGGGUGGGUUGUGUGGAGAGAGUCUCUUCCUUUAAAUUCCUGGGAAGUGAAGACCUCCCUUGGAAAAACAAUAUAACUCAGGUGGUUAGGAAGGCCCAACAGAGACUCCAUUUCCUCAGGGUCUUGCGAAAGAACAAUUUUAAACAACAAUUGAUGACCUCUUUUUACCGGUCCACAACAGAAAGUGUCCUCUCAUAUUGUAUCACGGUGUGGUACGUUCGCUUGAACAGCCACAGACAGGCAGUCUUUACAGAGGGUGGUGAACACAGCACAUGAUAUCAUGGGCUGUCCCUUGAGUCCGCUAGAUGACAUCGCAAGGGAUCGUUGCCUUAGGACAGCGAGAAAAAUUCUCAGGGACGAUUCACACCCCGGCCAUCACCUCUUUAAUCUUCCACCCUCGGGCAGGAGAUAUAGAAGUAUAAUCAGUCGUACUAACAGGCUAAAAAACAGUUUCUAUCCGUGGGCUGUUAGGCUGCUGAACGGAAAAUAAUGUAGUGCAACUGACUUUCAGGGUUGGUGUGUUGUGCGACAAGCACACAGAGUGCAAUGAGAUUGAGUGUUGGGGGGGAGGCUUGGUUAAUUUCAUUGUACACAGGUUGUACAUUGACAAUAAAAGUAUUAUUAUUAUUAUUAUUAUAUCCAUGUUGUCCUCUAAGACCUGGCACCCCAGUUCUCCCAUCUUGGCUUGGAGGCUUAUAAACAGAUAAAGUCUGCCUCUUAAAUUUGGCCUCUCCGAAUUGCUCUCCGAAUUGGAUUUCCCUUUAAGGUGGCACAGUAUUCUUCUUUUUGUCAUUGUUUCUAGAUGCCUCCCAAACCUAUGACAGUUGAAGAGCACUCCAUUCUCUGCCAGUGCCUGGAGCGGGGAAUGCUUUGUUCUUAAGGGUCAGUUUGCUCUAACCACUGCGCUACAGUAGUUAAGAACAAAGCACUCGGGUUUGGGCCAGCUGACAGCCCUGGAACUCAGCCCUUUAUAAUAAUAAUAAUAAUUUAUUAUUUGUACCCCGCCCAUCUGGCUGGGUUUCCCCAGCCACUCUGGGCGGCUUCCAGCAAGAAGAACUUCAGUAGUAGUGAAUCCUCCGGAAAAACAAUAUCUCAAAGGACCUGUUGAUGUCAUUUUUACCAUUGUAUUGUGGAGAGUGUAUUAACUUACGGUCUGUGUGUGCGGUUUGGGAGCUGCACAGCCAGGGGAAAAACAAUGCUGUCCAGGGUUGUAAAGACUGUGGAGAGAAUAAUUGGGUGCACUGUUCCCACCUUGGAUCAAAUCUAUGCUUCCAGGUGCCAUAAGAAAGCUGCAGAGAUAGCGCAGGAUAGUGCGCACCCCGGAAAUGAUCUCUUUCAGCUUUUGCCUUCUGGAAGAAGGUACAGAGUUAUAAAGGCUAGGACUAGCCGCCUGAGAAACAGUUUCUACCCAAAUGCAAUUCUGGUUUUAAACACAGUAUAAGGAGUCUCUAUAGGAGUAUAUUGUAUUUUAAAAUGGGGUUUCAGAGUUUUUAGCGGGUUUUGAAUGUCUUCUGUAGAUUUUUCAUUUUCAUUGUUCUGUAUGGGACAAUGACAAUAAAGAUAUCGUAUCGUAUCGUAGUACAAAGCGGGGGGGGGGGGAGUUGCUUUCCUUUCCCUCCCACCCCCAAAGUACCCACCCACCUGAGACCCAAACUGCUCUAGGAGGCUUCUGUUGUGGGGCGAGGAGACACACCACAAGACUUUGUUUGUUUUGAGUCCUCCUUUUCUUUCCCUAUUUCCAACCCAUUGAUAGGCAAGCAGGCGUCUUUCAGAGUGUGUCGUGACCCCUCACUUUGGGGCCUGCCUGAAAGCCCCCCCCCAUGGCGGUUAUUUUAUGAAAUGCUUCUACAGUGGUACCUCGGGUUACAUACGCUUCAGGUUACAGACUCCGCUAACCCAGAAAUAGUACCUCGGGUCAAGAACUUUGCUUCAGGAUGAGAACAGAAAUCGUGCUCCGGUGGCAAGGCGGCAGCAGGAAGCCCCAUUACCUAAAGUGGUGCUUCAGGUUAAGAACAGUUUCAGGUUAAGAACGGACCUCUGGAAUGAAUUAAGUACUUAACCCGAGGUACCACUGUAUAUGCGUCUGCACGAGGGUCGGCAUCCAUUCUUGGCCUUCCUCAAAGCAGAUCCAUUGAAAUGAAUGAACAUUGGUAACAAGGGUCCAUUAAUUCCAGUGAGUCCAUUCUGAACAAAAAUCGGUUGGCUGCAAUCCUUGGUGGGCACAAAGACUUUUGUAGUGGCAUUUUUUCAAAAAUAAAAAUAAAAUUGGGUUGUGUUUAAUGUGGACAUAGUUCUUCAAGAGGUUUUAAAACCUCAUUUAAAAAAAUAAUAAUUCAUUUUUUUCAUUUUUAAAACCGUAUUUUUCGCUCUAUAAGACACACCAGACCAUAAGACACAUCUAGUUUUUGGAGGAGGAAAACAAGAAAAAAAAUAUUCUGAAUCUCAGAAGCCAGAACAGCAAGAGGGAUCGCUGCACAGUGAAAGCAGCAAUCCCUCUUGCUGUUCUGGCUUCUGGGAUAGCUGCGCAGCCUGCACUCGCUCCAUAAGACGCACACACAUUUCCCCUUACUUUUUAGGAGGGAAAAAGUGAGUCUUAUAGAGCAAAAAAUAUGGUAAAUUAAUUUUUUGAACAAGGACAAGCACAGCUCCUCAUAGAAUACUCUGCAGUUUUAUUUUUAUUUUUGCAACGUAACCUUGAAGCGUACCCAAGAACAGACCACCGGAUUUUCUGGCAACUUGCUUUGCUUCUUCUAAAAUAUCUUUGAGGAAAAACCCCAAAACAGGAUGGGGUGUGUGGUUGGCUUCUGUUUACUGUCCGGUUACCUGCUCUAAGCAGUUGAUAGUUCAGUCGCUCAUCCUGCCCUGAUAGACCUCCUUGCCAAAGUUGCUCUGUUCGAAGCUAAACCUGUUUUUAGUGUUUCAGAAUUGGUUUGCAAGUGACCUUGACUGUGUAUCACAGAAAGGCACCUUGCGUUAGUUGGUUCACUUCUAAGUAGUAUCAACAGGUGCUAGAUUUGGCUAAACUGCAGCCGACCCAUUGCGCUCUGGGGCGGAUUUGACAGGUAUCAGACUCCCCACCCUCCACCCCCAUUCAUUCACAAAAUGUUCCCGUCCAGUUGUCUGACUUUCAAACAGUUCUGCGUCAGAUUCCACCCCCCGAAUCACUCGGGGCAAGUGGCUGUUAACUUGCCGAGAUAUGGCGAUAGCUUGUGUACCCAUAACAAACAUGCUGAGAGGUUGUGGAGUGGGUUUUUAAAUGACUGGAUGUUGACUGUAACCAACAUUAGUGUGCUUCUCGUUCUCUCUGUCCAACCCCCCAACCCAUAGCGAGAGUUAGCUAGGCAGGAAGCAAUGCGGGCGUCUUGCAUCCGUCUGCAUUGCAACAGUAUACCUCUUAUGCAAAAUACCAAAGCAGACAGGAAACUUUGCUUCGCUCGGCUGUCUCAGCGCUUUGCUGAUACUUCCAAUCCCCGGAUUUUCCCUGACUGCGGUUGUGUUUUCUCCCCACUGCUGCUAGUGAAAGCAGAGGUUGUGCGUGGACAAAGAGAGAGGAGCGGACUAGAAGAGGUAAGAGCGAAGACAUGCUAAGCUAAGUGGGGGAUCAGGGAUCUACGGUGGCUUUCUAGCUGGAUGGAGGAAGUAGAGGGAGGAAAGUUUUCUUCCCUCCUGAUGCUAGAAAAUGUGGACGUCCAACAAAGCUCAGGGUUGGAAGUUUUGGUGGAACUCGCUGUCACAGGAGGCAGUCACGGCCACCAAGCUGGGUGGCUUUGAAAGAGGAUUAGACAGUUCGUGAAGGAGAGGGUUCUUGAUGGCUGUGAUCGAUGGCUACACUGGAGGAAGCAAUGCUUCUGAAUGCCACGCAUUGGAAACUGGAGGAGGAGAGAUUCCUGCCUUUAUGCUCUGAGAGUUGGUUGACCAGGGUGAGAACAUGAUACUGGAUUCAAGGGGUCACUGGCCUGAUCCAUCAGGGCUGUGGUUGUGCCCGUAUAUUCUUAUGAAUAUAUAUUCUGCAUCCAUCUUCAUAAUAAUACAGUGCUACCUUGGUUUUUGCUAGGGAAGCGGGUGGCACUGUGGGUUAAACCACAGAGCCUAGGACUUGCCAAUCAGAAGGUCGGCGGUUCAAAUCCCCACGAUGGGGUGAGCUCCCGCUGCUUGGUCCCUGCUCCUGCCAACCUAGCAGUUCGAAAGCACACUGGUGCAAGUAGAUAAAUAGGUACCGCUCCGGCGGGAAGGUAAAUGGCGUUUCCGUUUGCUGCUCUGGUUCGCCAGAAGCGGCUUAGUCAUGCUGGCCACAUGACCCAGAAGCUGUACACCGGCUCCCUUGGCCAAUAAAGCGAGAUGAGCGCCACAACCCCAGAGUCAGCCACAACUGGACCUAAUGGUCAGGAUUCCCUUUACCUUUUAUCUCGGUUUUUGAGCAUCUCGGAAGCCAAACGUUUCGGUUUUCGGACACCGAAAACCCGGAAGGAAUUGCUUCCAUUUUCAAACGCUUUCCGGAAGUCGGAACAGCUUCCGCUGCGUGUUUUUCAGUUUUCUCAAUUGACUUUGCCAAACGCCCUUUACCCCUCGGUUGUCAAACGUUUUGGAAGUCGAAUGGUCUUCCGGAACGGAUUACGUUCGACAACCGAGGUACUGCUGUAAUUUAUUUAGCAGAGAUUUAUCACAUUUUGGACCCCAACUUCUUUCUGAAAUGUCCAGUGCAGGGCACAUGGAAGUUAAAACAUCAUCAUCAUCAUCAUCAUCAUCAUCAUCAUCAAUAAUUUAUUAUUUCUACCCCACCCAUCCGGCUGGGUUUCCCCAGCCACUCUGGGUGGCGUCCAACAAAAGAUUAAAAAUACAUUAAAACAUCAGUCAUUAAAAACUUCCCUAAACAUAGUUAAAGGAAGCUUUCUAUGUUUUAGAUUGACCAUUGACCCACAUAGUUCAGUGUUGCCUACACUGACUGGCAGCAGCUGUCCAGAGUUUUUGGCCCUACCUGGUGAUGCUGCCAGUGGUGAAUGGAACUGGCAGCAUCUGCAUCCCAGGCGGUUGUUCUGUCACUAAGUUGUGCAACAGCUCUAUGAGCUAGGAUAAUACUCGCGUCUCCAACUUACAUAUGCGGGCUGGGGGCUUAGGGGGUGGCUUCCCAAAGGUUUGAGCUGAGAGUUUUCCUUAGGGUUUCCCAGCUCACAGAUAGCAAGAACAUAAGACAAGCCAUACUGGAUCGAACCAAAGGCCCAUCUUUUGUCCAAUGUCCUGGUUCCACAGGUGCUCAGCUGAUUGCCUCUGGGAAGUGUUAUGAGCAGAGCAGUAGCCUCUUGUGCCUGGCAUUCAGGGAUAUACUUCCCCUGCAGCUGGAGGUUCCCUUUUGCCGUCAUGACUCAUAGCAGCUGCUGGGCUUCUUUCUCUGUAGAUCUGUAGAAUCUUCUAACUGUUGUGUGAAGAAGCCCAUCCUUUUGUCUGCCCUGAAUCUCCUUCUAUUCAGCUUCAUUGGAUGAUGUCUUUUGGCUCUAGUAUUACAGGACAGGGAUGCGGGUGGAGCUGUGGGUUAAACCGCAGAGCCUAGGACUUGCUGAUCAGAAGGUUGGCAGUUCGAAUCCCCGCGACGGGGUGAGCUCCCAUUGCUCGGUCCCUGCUCCUGCCAACCUAGCAGUUCGAAAGCACAUCAAAGUGCAAGUAGAUAAAUAGGUACUGCUCUGGCGGGAAGGUAAAUGGCGUUUCCGUUUGCUGCUCUGGUUCACCAGAAGUGGCUUAGUCAUGCUGGCCACAUGACCCGGAAGCUGUACGCCGGCUCCCUCGGCCAAUAAAGCGAGAUGAGUGCCGCAACCACAGAGUCGGCCAUGACUGGACCUAAUGGUCAGGGGUCCCUUUACCUUUUUAUAUGCUAUAUGGUAAUUUAUGGACCUAAUAGGUAUCUAAAGCCAUUUGCACAUGUUGCCGUGCAACCCGUCCAUGCAGAAUGUAGGCACCCUAUAUAUAGAAAUGAGCAAACCAGUGAUAUUUGAGGGAGCUGGCUAGCAGGCUGCUAGCCAUUACUUACAUCAUAGGAGCCUACACAACACAAAACACUGUUGCUGUUUGUAGGUUUUAUUUCAUUUGUUUUUUAUCUUAUAUUUUGGAAAUGUACAUCCAGGGGUUUUUUUCCCUUUAGAUUUUUUGAGGGACCCCAAGAGAGUGCGUCCCUAAGCUAUAGCUUGUUUAGCUUCUACGUGAAUCCGGCGCUGCUUGCAGUGGCCAACCAGAUGGGAACCCAGAUGGGAGCCCUCUCCAUAGCUGUCAACUUUCAGAUUUGGAAAUAAGGGAUCAGCAGCCUCAAAAAUAAGGGAUCAGCAGCCUCACCUGUCCCAGGGACAGUCUACGGGAUAUCUAACAAUCCCGCAUAGCAGCGGGAAACGGCGCUGGAAUAAGGGAAUUUCCCACCAAAAAAGGGAAGGUUGACAGCUAUGGCCCUAUCCACUGAGUGGGUCUAUAGGGAAGGAGGAGGUCUUCCAGCUAAUUCAGGGCCAAGUCACUCGGGGCUUCAAACCCCUUGAAUUGGGGCUGGAAACCAAUUGGCAAGAAAAGCAGCUGCCUUGAUACAAAGGCCAUUUUUGUUCUAGGGGUUCCCCAGCCCUGUAAUCUGGCUGCUGCAUUUAGAAGCAGCUGAAGUUUCUGAGUCAUCUUCAGAGCAUGUCACAAGGACCCAGACUGGAAGUUAUCAGAGCACAGAGUACUGUGGCCAAGGCAUUUAUGCCCAGUUUUAGCCGAUGAACCAGGCAGCUCCUUGUCACCUGAGCCCUCCGGGCGCAGUGAUGGAUCCCAUGAAUGCUCUGUGGUGGUUUUACGAACAAAAAUAGAUCCAGAGAAGCAGAAGUUCUAGAGCACUGGACAGGAGGUGGAACUUGAUGUCCUCCAGAUGUUAUUGGCCUACAGCUUCCAUCCUCCUUGUCUAUUUCCCAUGACACCUGGAGCGGAAGGAAGUUUCAAUCCAGCAACAUCUGGAGGACCGCAGGUUCCCUGUCUGCCUAGACCAGCCUCCUGCUUCCAUAAGUGCCUGGUUAGUUGCCUCCAGGAAGUCUACAAAUAGCGCCUGAACCCCAUCCUGUUCUUUGUCCCUGGUGUUUGAUGGUCAGCAACAUUGCUUGGGGUACUGAAUUGUCCCCCAGAACCAUCUAUCUAAGGCUCUUGGCUCCAUUCUAACCAGUCAGGUGAGAGUGAUUCAACAAGGAAAGCGAGCUGAUCCUCGCAGAUCUUGCUUAUCUGGCCAGUGUGAACAUUAGCAAACCAUGUAAGCUGUUAAAAGAAGUCCAGGAUAUGAUCAUUGGGGCACAUUCUGAGUUGGUCUGCAAAGGAGUUGUUUGCUGCUCUUAAAUCGAUGCUUUACGAUGCAGCAGAAUGCUAUCUCUGCCUGUCCAGAAGUAAAUCCUGUUGAAUUUGGUGGGGCAGACAUCAUGGGACGUGAGGCUAGGACUUUGGCUUGGACUGCUGCAAUGCUCUCUACGUGGGGCUACCUUUGAAGGUGACUCGGAAACUACAAUUAAUCCAGAAUGCGGCAGCUAGAUUGGUGACUGAGAGCGGCCGCCGAGACCAUAUAACACCGGUCUUGAAAGACCUACACUGGCUCCCAGUACGUUUCCGAGCACAAUUCAAAGUGUUGGUGCUGACCUUUAAAGCCCUAAACGGCCUCGGCCCAGUAUACCUGAAGGAGUGUCUCCACCUCCAUCAUUCUGCCUGGACACUGAGGUCCAGCGCCGAGGGCCUUCUGGUGGUUCCCUCGCUGUGAGAAGCCAAGUUACAGGGAACCAGGCAGAGGGCCUUCUUGGUAGUGGCACCCGCCCUGUGGAACGCCCUCCCACCAGAUGUCAAAGAGAAAAAUAACUACCAAACUUUUAGAAGACAUCUAAAGGCAGCCGUGUUCAGGGAAGCUUUUAAUGUUUAAUAAGUUGUUGUAUUUUAGUGUUUUGUUGGAAACCCAGCCAGAUGGGUGGGUUAUAAAUAAUAAAUUAUUAUUAUUAUUAUUAUUAUUAUUAUUUGGCCUUAGCCUUUGGCACUGCAGCCUUUGAGGCUGUGCAGGAGGAGUUCAUCAUUUCCCCUGUGAUGCGCCACUGAGAGCAUGGCAUGGUUUUUUCAUGGUGGCCUUUUCCAGAUUGCGACACUGUGGCCCUCUGACAGCCGGCCUUGUGUGAUAGCAAAGAGCCUCAGCUGUCAGCUGGGGAAAGUCCCUGGUUUCCUUUGUCUCGAAUGCAAAGUCACAAGCCUUUGCCCUGAAAUGAAAAUGACGUCUCAGGAAACGUAGGAGUGGGAGAGCAAAGCGUCUGUUUUGUCUGCAGAAGGUACCAUGCAGGAUCCCUGAAGUCAGUCAGGGUUGCCAUUAUGAAGCUAAACGGAUCCAUGGUCUGGCUUGGUAUCAAGAUCUGUCAACUGCUGUUAUCCAGGCACAGUACAGUGGUGCCCCGCAAGACGAAUGCCUCGCAAGACAGAAAACCUGCUAGACGAAAGGGUUUUCCGUUUUGGAGGUACUUCGCAAAACGAAUUUCCUAUGGGCUUGCUUCGCAAGACGAAAAUGUCUUGCGAGUUCCUGCGGGGUUUUUUUCCUUUCCCCCCCCUUUUUCCCAAACCGCUAAGCCGCUUAUCAGCUGAUCCGCUAAGCCGCUUAACAGCUGAUCCGUUAAGCCACUAAGCCGCUUAUCAGCUGAUCCGCUAAGCCCGCUAAGCCGCUAAUAGCGCUAAUCCGCUAAACCGCUAAUGGGCUUGCUUUGCAAGACGAAAAAACCGCAAGACGAAGAGACUCUCGAACGGAUUCUUUUCGUCUUGCGAGGCACCACUCUAUCCUGUUUCUGGGGAGGGGAUUGGUGUGCCCAAGUCCUGGUUGUGGACUUUGUGGCAGCAUCUGGUUGGCUGCUGUGGCAAGCCAGAUACUGGAUUGGAAGAUGGCCCUUUGGUCGGAUCCAGCAGCCUGACUAUUCUGAUAUUCUUAAGCCUGCAUACUCCCAUUUGCUUGCCUUAAAACCUUAUUCAUUUGUCUCCUCACCCUUCCACUACCACCCACCCACCAAAAAUGAAGAUUGUUCCUCUUGGAUUGGACAGGGGCUUUUGAGGUUUGUUUUUUUGGUUGGUUUCUAUUUAUAAAGCAGCAGGUGGUGGUUGGUUGGUUGAAAAUUUAUAUACUACUUGAUAGUAAGAAAACCUCAAAGCAGUUUACAAAAUUACAAUCCCCCCCCCGCAGUAGUUUAACACAAUCACUCUUUCCAAGGUACUUUGAGAAUUGCAGCUUAGACAGAGGAAUUGGGGUCUCCUAAUAACUCUCAGCACCCUGUAGUUCCCAGGAUUUGGGGCAGGGGGGUGACUGUUUAAAGUGGUAUCAUAGGGCUUUAAAUUUCUGGUGCUGAUGGGACCAGGAAGCUACUUUCUACCAAGUUGAGCUAUUACCCCAAACCGCUGCUCUGUCCCAGCUCCUGCCAACCUUGCAGUUCGAAAGCACGCCAAUGCAAGUAGAUAAAUAGGUACCGCUAUGGUGGGAAGGUAAAUGGCAUUUCCAUGUGCUCUGGCACUCAUCACGGUGUACCAUCAUUCCAGAAGCGGUUUAGUCCUGCUGGCCACAUGACCCGGAAAGCUGUCUGUGGACAAACGGCGGUUCCCUCGGCCUGAAAGCGAGAUGAGCACCGCAACCCCAUAGUUGCCUUUGACUGGACUUAACCGUCCAGGGGUCCUUUACCUUUACCUUACCCCAGUGCUCUUCCCAGUCUGUAUCAGUGAGGCUUUUGAGGCCUCUUUCGACCUCUCUCCCAGCCCUGGUACCCAAGAUCCUUUUAAAUGGAGGUGCCAGGAAUUAAACAUGGACUUUCUCCAAGGUGCUCUACUCUUGAGCCUAUGUCCCCUUCCUCUGAUUUCUUUUAUCCCAUCAGCCAUUGCAGCCUUAAAGACUAGAAACUUCUUUUACAGGGGAGGGGAAUUCUUAGGAUGCUGAAUGUUGCCCUUGUGUGGUGGAAUAGCAAAAGACACGCAUAAUAAACGGUCUCCACCAGGAGCAACUCCGCACAGGGCAGGUAACAAAACAUAGGGCAUUGGGUUGGUCCCAGGAACACCCCUGCUUAAGAGAGCCAGUGUGGUGUAGUGGUUCAGAGCGGUGGACUCGUAAUCUGGUGAACCGGGUUCGCUUCCCUGCUCCUCCACAUGCAGCUGCUGGGUGACCUUGGGCUAGUCACUCUACUUUGAAGUCUCUCAGCCCCACUCACCUCACAGAGUGUUUGUUGUGGGGAAGGAAGGGAAAGGAGAUUGUUAGCCACUUUGAGACUUCUUAGGGUAGUGAUAUAGCAGGAUAUCAAAUCCAAACUCUUCUUCUUCUUCUUCUUAACCAAACAGUGGUUCUGAAUCUACCUCUUCAACCAUGAGGCCUAGGAACUUGCUGGUAGUUUUUAAAUGCAGCUUGUUCCAAGGGUGCUUCAGAUAUUUCCAAACUCUGAAUGGGGAAGUAGGUAUCAUCCCCCCACACACAAUCCAGACAUUAAAAAAAAAAAAGUCUUUUACUGUGAGAUCACAUGGUUUCUUCUUCUUCUUCUUCUUAUCCUUUUGUACUGUCAUUCCUUAGAGGAAGUUCAGCUGUCAUGUUCUCAGGCAGUGAUGCUCUCAAGCUUUCCCUCCACAGUGUGUUUCUAUAGGGUGAUGCCCAUUUGAGCUGCCACCAUGUCCAUGUACCUGAAGCAUUUCACCGUGGUGGGGGAUGAUCCUGCUCAGUGGAACAAUGACUACAGGAAAUGGGAGGAAGAGGAGAUGGAAGAGGAAGCAAAGACCCCUGAGACGGCUGUCAAAAUCGACUCUUCCCCCAGGACCCCCACCUUCCGGGAAGUGAUGAAGAAGUUGUUCCAGUCACACAAAUUUCAGGUACGUGGCAGGUACCUGCUCUUAUGUGCAUGGAAACAUUGGUGGCCAGGAGACCUCAGUGUUGUAUGGAGUGCCCAGCUUUGAAGGGAAAGAAGACAGAGGCUAGGGUUAAAUUGGUGACCAUGAAUAACCAGUCAUUGUCACCAGCAGGAGCAAUUGAACUCCCAGUCAACUUGGGGUCUCCAAAUACUUUGUGCGCUUUCCUGGUAAUCACAAUUUUUUUUGUUCUUGCGGUGUCCUUUUCCUCAAAGGCACUACAGUGGUACCUCGGGUUACAUACGCUUCAGGUUACAUAUGCUUCAGGUUACAGACUCCGCUAACCCAGAAAUAGUGCUUCAGGUUAAGAACUUUGCUUCAGGAUGAGAACAGAAAUCGUGCUCCGGCAGCAGCAGGAGGCCCCAUUAGCUAAAGUGGUGCUUCAGGUUAAGAACAGUUUCAGGUUAAGUAUGGACCUCCGGAACGAAUUAAGUACUUAACCUGAGGUACCACUGUACAAGCAUGUUUGGAGCAGCAAUAAAACACACUUUUUCCAUAUCACGUUUUCUAAUCACCUUCUUAAAGGAUGACACUGAACUUCAAAGUUUAAAAUUUGGCUCAUAAUUAUAAUUUAAGAAGCAAUUACUUUUAUGACACGUGUUUUGCAAAUAUGUGAAAUUCAAAGCACAUUCUUUCCUCCUUAUGUUGAAUUAGUGCGGUCAAUCACUUUGUCCCAGAUGGGUCAGGGAGUUGGUUGCCCUCCAUGCAACGCCUACAGUUGCAGUCACCUGAGAUCUGCCGUGGAAAUUGUGCAUCGUAUUUGCCAUGUCCUUCGGGAGAGUGUCAGGGAGGAGUCUGUAGACAGUGCUGGCCUGCAGGCCCAGUGGGUUGCCCCUUUAGGAGCCACAGACUUUCUGCUAAGAGAGUAGAGCUUGGGAAAAGAGAACUUGAUGAAGAGACUUGGGUGGUCAGUUGCAAGGCUGGAGAUCAUGCGGUUAGAAAAAGAGGGAUGGAAUUGGGUAGUUAGAAAGAUAGUUGUUAGAUAGUUCUUAGACAGCUAUUAGAAAGAUAGCUGAGAGUUGUUUGAUCCAGUGUUUUGUCUGGAUCUUGUGAUCCCCAUCCUAGAUUCUUGUUCACUCAAUCCCUGUGGCUUCAUCAGUCACACUCACUUCACCUCCUUUUACAUGACUUUGUGUGUAAAAAUCAGUGAAUCCUGUCAGUUCCCUGCUGGUAACCUAUGAGACCAAAAUCUGUGUACAGUGGUACCUCGGGUUCCAUAUGCUUCAGGUUACAUACGCUUCAGGUUACAGACUCCGCUAACCCAGAAAUAGUGCUUCAGGUUAAGAACUUUGCUUCAGGAUGAGAACAGAAAUCGUGCUCCAGUGGUGCUUCAGGUUAAGAACAGUUUCAGGUUAAGUACGGACCUCCGGAACGAAUUAAGUACUUAACCUGAGGUACCACUGUAUUUUUGUCAAGAGUUCACCCAUGAGGGUAUGAGACCUACAAGCAAGGGAGGACUUGCAAACUUGGAAAGAACCAAGUUUAGAGGCAGAAUUCACUGACUCAGCACAUCAAUGUUGUGGGGUCCUGCUUCCCUGGGGUGUGAAGUCAAUCAAUUGAAAGAAAUACACAAGUCUUCUCCUCAAGGUCUAAAACAGCCAGGAAGGCCGCGUUGUCAAAGAGACCACCACCAGCUGAAUCGUCAUCUGCACCAGCUUCAGACAGAACCACAAGACAAAACACAAAGCUCCUGAACUGGAAUCUGUGCCUAAUCUGUUAGAAAGAGGGCAAAGAGCACAUCUUCAAGAUAACUUGAGAGGUUUUGUUGUGAAUGACAAGACACUGCAUGCGGCACAUGCUCAUGGAAUAUUGACUAUCUAGCUGCUAACAGAAAGCACCGUACAAACUGUUUGAAAGCAUUUUACUAGCAGACGCAAAAAACCCAGGAACAGGCUGUGACUUCGGAUGUUGCCAUGGAGCAGCUGGUAGAAUAAAUUCCACAGCAUUUCGACAGUGCUGAUAUCCUGCAGCCCAAAGAUGGGUGUGGGCAGCUUGUAUUGCUAGUAGAAUGCUCAUCUACAAUUAUCCCUAGGUUGUAAAUCAACAUAUAAAGAAAAAUUCCAGUUGCAGUAGCAUAGCAAUAUAUGUGACAGGGCCAAGAAAAAAUUAAUCAUGCAACCCCAAAAAGUUGUUGACCUUUUUAAAGCGAAGGUUCCCCAGAGUUGUGGACUUUCUUUAAUAAUAAUAAUAAUAAUUUAUUAUUUAUACCCUGCCCAUCUGGCUGAGUUUCCACAGCCACUCUGGGCGGCUACCAAUCGAGUGUUAAAAUCAAUACAGCAUUAAAUAUUAAAAACUUCCCUAAACAGGGCUGCCUUCAGAUGUCUUUUAAAGAUAAGAUAGCUACUUAUUUUCUUCACAUCUGAAGGGAGGGCGUUCCACAGGGCCGGCGCCACUACUGAGAAGGCCCUCUGUCUAGUUCCCUGUAACCUCACUUCUCGCAAUGAGGGAACCGCCAGAAGGCCCUCAGCGCUGGAUCUCAGUGUCCGGGCUGAACGAUGGGGGUGGAGACGCUCCUUCAGGUAUACAAGACCGAGGCCAUUUAGGGCUUUAAAGGUCAGCACCAACACUUUGAAUUGUGCUCAGAAACGUACUGGGAGCCAAUGCAGAUCUCUCAGGAUACCACCACACUUAUCUCUGCUCAAGAAAAGAAAACAGGAAACAUAAGGGGCCCAGCACAACAAGCCAGCCUGAGGCGUCAGCGAUUGAGCAAAGUUGGUCGCCUCGUGGUGUAAGCAGCGUGGGCCUCUCCACGGCCCUAUGCCAAUCCCAGAUGCGCAGGAAGGCGGCGCAAAGCUGCCCGCAGCAGAAGAGCCCGCUGCAACGCUCCGACCGAUGGGCAGGAUCUUCCCAACUCCAACUCUUGGGCCCCAGACUCUCGGCCUGGCCCCACACCCCUGGUGCCUAUGGUUAAGACGGCCCUGAAAAUAGCAAAGGUUGGACAGAGUUUAAUUGACAUCUCUCAAAUGAAGAGGCAGAUGUGACACCUGCGGAUUUCAUGCCUCUCCUCAGUGCUCCGGCUCAACACCCUCAUAGAUGCUGGCCAUAGCUGUCAACUUACAGAUUUGAAAAUAAGGGACCAGCAGCCUCGAAAAUAAGGGAUCAGCAGCCAAAUGAAGCCUCAAGUGGUGGUUCCCAUAGCGCAGCAACCUGGCAAAGGGGAUGCAGCAAGGAAAACCACUGUCACCUCUCCGCUGGGAAGCACUGAGCAAAGGCGAGUCCCCAGGCAACGCGGCCGAUUUGAUUGGCACAAGGCAUGCAAGCUCCACCCCCCUCAGUCGUUCUCAGACUCCUUAUUGGGUGAGCAACGCAGCCGAACAACACAGUUGGAGCCUCCCUCCUCCCUGGCCGGCAGGGAGGGAGGGAGAGGAGCUGCUUCCUUUGAAACCUGGGAAAUUUAAGGACAUCAUCAAUAAGGGACAGCAGCGGGACAUGGUGCUGGGAUAAGGGACUUUUCCACUAAAUAAGGGGCGGUUGACAGCUAUGAUGCUGGCCUGUUUUGAAAGGCUGAGCCAGCAGCAUACGUUGGCCAAGAUCUUUUCUGCAAACUUGAUGCAGCUGAAAUGGACAAUGGACAAUCUGUAUAAAAAUCCAUUAGAGGUCCUGCACAUUGCAUGGAACCUUGCAUGUUACUGGAAAGCAAAUGGAUGGCGCCAGUUUAGGAAAAGCAUUAAUGGAAGGUGGACAAGUUGUUGAGACUGCUGCAUAGCAAGCAUAAACAGGGGAGCCGGGCAGCCAUAGAAAUGCAGGAAGUGCCUAUUACCGUCAGUGGUUCCUCUAGCUUAGUACUGUUAUCAGCAGCACUUCAGGGUUUCAGACAGGACUGUUCCCCAACCUUACCUGGAAAUGCUAAGGCUUGAGACUGGGACCUUCUGCAUGCAACGCAUGUGAUCUCCCACUGAGUAUCUUCCCAUUAAAUCUGUCCUUAAAUUGUGCAAUAUUUGCCCACUUGGCAGGCCUCUUGGCAAAUGGCCCGUUUUGCAGUUUUCUUAUUCUUACUUCAUUUUAUGUUCUGGUACCUUAACAUACCUGACUCAUUUGUAAACCAGAAGUGAAAUGAUGUGUACACACACACCUUUAAUCUCUGGCAAAUAAAUUGAUCACGUAAUGGAAAUUCCACAUAAGGAAAAUCAAGUGCUUUCAAAUGUCAGGCUUUGAGUCUCUAUAAAAUGGGUGGUACUAUAGUAAAAAACAACAACAAACCACACAGUUUUAAAAUAAAGUGAUUUUAAAAAUGUAAAGUACACCACCAUCCUGGUGAAGGUGGGUAGAAAAUGUGAUGUGGAAAAAAACCUGAUUGUACACAAUAGCCCAAAAUGUGAAAAUCCAGGGCUAUUUUCCAACUAAUGUACAAACUAAUUUUGGUCAACGUUCAAUUUUUGAUUCAGUAUACUUUUUGUAAUUUCACAAACUCUCCCCUCAACCUAAUUUUCCCUUCGCCUUCCUCAGUUCUGGGAAAGUCGUUUAGUCUAGGAAGACAGGGAACAGGGGUGCAUCUAGAUCAGAUCAGAUCUAGAUGCACCUUCUCUGCUUCUCUGGGUGGCAGCGAGUUGGGCAGGCUCCUCUGGGAGCCCCAGCAGAGCUCCUUGCCCUGGGCAUAAGGGACUGGGGAGCACUGGUACAGCUCCAAUGGCACAAGGAAGCCUAGGUAUGUAUCUACCAGGGAAUGAAUGCGGAUCUUCAAACCAAAUCUGAGAACUGUCUUUCCUAUUGGGCUUACUGGCGCGUUGCGCCAGGGCGCUGGCCUCUUAGGGGCGCCCCAGCGAGUGGAGGAGCUGCGCAGCUUUGCCGGCGGCCUCCCCUUUCCCUGCACACCCGCCAGCUGUGCCUCGUCAACCAUAUGGCUGGCGGGCGUGCAGCUUGCCUCUCAAGCCUCCACGGGAGGAAAGCAAUCACUGCAGAGGCUUAGAAUGGAAGCCGCGCCCCGCCAACUAUAUGGCUGGUGGGUGUGCAACAAGGCCUGAGGGACAGUGGACUGCUGAAAAAGUUUGCUGACCCCUGCACUAGGCUGAAAGACAGUGAGCUGCCCAAGGCCAAGUUAUUCUCUAGGUCUCCUUGGUGCAGAGCCUAAUGGUCUACACCACCAUACUGGAGCCACAGCUUUUGCCUCAUCUCAGCUGCCACCUUUCUUCCAUGGCUGAUGAACACCAAGCCUUGACUUUGCAAUCUUCUGCUUGGCUUCAAAGGUUUGCUUAUUUAUUCUGGUCUGGAUUCUUCCUCCCCCAGAUCUUAGUUGUCUGCCUGGUUAUUUUGGACGCCAUACUGGUCCUCGGGGAACUGCUUUUGGACUUGAAAAUCAUCCACCCUGACAAGCACGAGAUUGCACCCAAGGUAAAGGCAAUAGGGGAGGAAUCUGCAAAUAAAUCAUGGUUCGUGUAGACAGUGUGUUGCAAUUCUGUGAGGUGUGGAAUCCAACUUCCUCAGAACCUUAACUUCUCAUUUUUAAAAUAAGCCAGUUGCUAGACCUGUAGAGAUGCAUAUAUAUACUUGAAGAGAUAUGUGUAGUGCCCUUUCUCUGUAAAGCAGAUAUGGGAAGGUGUGUAUGUACAUGUGACCCACACAUCCCAUAGUUUGCUACGGGUUGGUAAAAGGUAAAGGGACCGCUGACCAUUAGGUCCAGUCGUGGCCGACUCUGGGGUUGCGGCGCUCAUCUCGCUUUACUGGCCGAGAGAGCCGGCAUACAGCUUCCAGGUCAUCUGGCCAGCAUGACUAAGCCGCUUCUGGCGAACCAGAGCAGCACACGGAAACGCCGUUUACCUUCCCGCUGGAGUGGUACCUAUUUAUCUACUUGCACUUUGAGGUGCUUUCGAACUGCUAGGUUGGCAGGAACAGGGACCGAGCAAUGGGAGCUCACCCCGUCGCGGGGAUUCGAACCGCCGACCUUCUGAUUGGCAAGCCCUAGGCUCUGUGGUUUAACCCACAGCUCCACCCGCAUCCCGCUACAGGUUGGAGCCUAGUAGAAAUGUAUGAACCUGAAAUAUAUCAAAUAACCCUAUAUAAAGAUAAAAACUUGACCUGUAUAAUAAAUGAAACAUACAUUAAAAAAGCAGAAUCUUAGAUCUCAAGGGAGGCCAGAAGGCGUUUUGUAAGUUGAGCAGGCUUCACUGCGAAUUUAGCACUGCGAAUUUAGAUGUUGCAGACCUAUCUGAACUGGACAACAGAUAUUUAAUCUUAUCCAUAACCAUGAGGGUAGCAAGCAAUGCUAAAUAUUUCUCUGAAUCUUUAUGCCUAGAUGUUUUGUACAGUUCAGAGUAUAUUGCAUAGCGUGUGGAGUUCUCAGUGGAAGGGUCUUCCACAAAUGCAAAACGGGUUGAUCUCUGGGGAUUUUCUUGAAUCUCCCUUCCAGAAAAUUAAGACUUUAUAGGGCUGUAAAUGCUUUGUGGAAUAAAGGUAGAUUUAGCUCCAGUAGGUAUUUCUCUUCCCCAUGGUAGAAUCUAAAGCUGGGGAAAGUAUUUGAAACUCUGGAUGAAGCAAUAGCAUCCCUAUGCUGUUCUGCAAACAGAUCUUGGAACAAGUGCUGUAAAUAUUGCAUCGGCUAGGUUGGAUUUCAGUAGCAAAAGAGCCACUGGAUAAAACCAGUACAGUCGUACCUUGGUUUUCGAACAGCUUAGUUCCUGAAUGUUUUGGCUUCUCAAUGCUGCAAAUCCGGAAGUGACUGUUCUGGUUUGCGAACUAUUUUUGGAAGCCAAGCAUCCGAUGGGGCUUCCGUGGCUUCUGAUUGGCUGCAGGAGCUUCCUACAGCCAAUCAGACGCCGCGCUUUGGUUUCCGAACGUUUUGGGAGCUGACCGGACUUCCGGAACGGAGUCCAUUCGACUUCCAAGGUACGGCUGUAUAUCCAAUACGUUUCCGAGCACAAUUCAAAGUGUUGGUGCUGAUCUUUAAAGCCCUAAAUGGCCUUGGUUCAGUAUACCUGAAGGAGCGUCUCCACCCCCAUCGUUCAGCCCGGACACUGAGGUCCAGCUCCAAGGGCCUUCUGGCAGUUCCCUCAUUGCAAGAAGUGAGGUUACAGGGAGCCAGACAAAGAGCCUUCUCGGUAGUGGCGCCUGCCCUGUGGAUGUCAAGGAAAUAAGCAGCUAUCCUAUUUUUAAAAGACAUCUCGAGGCAGCCCUGUUUAGGGAAGUUUUUAAUAUUUAAUGCUGUAUUGUUUUUAACACUCGAUUGGGAGCCACCCAGAAUGGCUGGGGAAACUCAGCCAGAUGGGCAGGGUUUAAAUAAUAAAAUUAUUAUUAUUAUUAUUAUCCUCCUCCUCACUCAAAAUCUACUGCUUGCUUUCCAGGUAUUCUUAAAAGUGUAUUAACCUUUGCCUUGCCCUCUUUGCACCCUGGCAGGUGUUCCACUACCUGAGCCUUAGCAUCCUCACCCUCUUUCUGGUGGAAAUUUUCUUCAAACUCUUCACCUACCGGUUGGAGUUCUUCCAUCACAAGUUUGAGGUCCUGGACGCCAUCGUUGUCAUCAUCUCAUUCGUUCUUGACAUUGUCCUUCUGUUCCGGGAGCAUGAGUUUGAAGCACUUGGAUUACUGAUCCUUCUUAGACUGUGGAGAGUGGCCAGGAUUAUAAAUGGUAAAUCUUGAGGAAUAGAUGGAUUUUGGUAUGGAACCAUUCACAGUACACAGGCACUAAUACCCAUGCAGGAAUUUCUUGAAGGAAGCCAUUGUUUGCCGUCCCAAGUAUUGCCUGAACAACAAACUUGCAGCUAGGCUUCUUCUUAAUCAUUUUAUUAUUUGGCCACAGACCCAUCAAAAUAGAACAGUUGACAAUUUAAAACAUUCACUUACAACAUGAAGCAAAUGACUAAAACAUAUAUUACAUAGUACAUAGUACAAAGAUAAAAUUUGAGAUACAAAUUGCAGUUAGAAUCAGUGUACAAGACCUUUGAGUAGAGAACAGGAAGUUGGCCAUUAUCUCUGUUAUUAACUUGUUUGUAUCAGCCGAGAAAUAUCCAGAGUACUGUUCCAGUGACCUUCCAAGAUGCUUCCUUAUUUUGGAGCGGGGAAUAAUCUCUUGUGACCUUCUCUAUGAAGAUUACAUUCAACAAAGACCUGACCCAAAGUUUUGACUACUUCCUAUCUCCACAAGGACACAAACAGUCCUCACAUGGGACGCCUCUUUGUACUGUAAAGGGAGGUGGUUAUAUCUGGGCCUAGAAAAGGCCUGGCGAUACUUUGUCAAAUGACCUAGAUAUGUGGCAUAUCUAGAAGACGCAUGUUAAACUAAAAAAAAUACUAGAGAGCAAAUUCUGUGAGCACAUGAGAAAGAAUAUUGGCAAUCAAUAUCCUUGAUCCAUUGUUCUAAAGUAGAUUGUAUAGCAGAAUUUGAUUGUGGGCAGAGGAAUUCCAGAGACUUCUGGAUCAUUCAAAUCCAGCCCCCUCUUCCUGGUAUCCUUGACCUCUCUUCCCAGGCCUCCAGGCCCUUCCUAACAGGAGUGCACACUGCUUGUGGCUUUGUCCCACGCGCACACACUGCCUUGUUUUCACCCUUUCUGCCGCCUCUAUCGCCAUUCUUCCCUUGGGUCUGCUGAGACUGUUUCCACAUGUAGAUUCUUGUGACUUAGCCCAUAACGCUUGGCAAUACCAGUCUGCUUGCAAGGUAAGGUAAAGGUAAAGGGACCCUUAACCAUUAGGUCCAGUUGUGACCGACUCUGGGGUUGUGGCGCUCAUCUCGCUUUAUUGGCUAAGAGAGCCGGUGUACAGCUUCCAGGUCAUGUGGCCAGCAUGACUAAGCCGCUUCUGGUGAACCAGAGCAGCGCAUGGAAACGCCGUUUAACUUCCCGCCAGAGCGGUACCUAUUUAUCUACUUGGACGUGCUUUCGAACUGCUAGGUGGGCAGGAGCUGGGACCGAGCAACAGGAGCUUACCCCAUCACGGGGAUUCAAACCGCUGACCUUCUGAUCGGCAAGUCCUAGGCUCUGUGGUUUAACCCACAGCGCCACCCGCGUCCCAAACCAACAGAUAUAAUUGCUUGCAAACCAACAGAUAAAACUGGACCUGCAGCUGGAGGGCCUUGAUUCAGCUCCAGCUGCUUCCUCUCCAGCCUCCCUCUCCUCUUUCCGGUGAGAGGAACAUCCUAGAGGACAGUUCUGAGGAUAACCGCUGUAAAGAGCUUGUGAAGGAGAUCCCUGGGUCUCAGCCAAUAGGGCCUGGCUAACUUUCUUGUCCUCUGUAUCCAUUCCCCAAGGAAUCAUCUUGUCGGUGAAAACACGGUCUGAGCAGCAGAUGUCCAAGCUGAAGCAAGCCAACCUGCAACUCACCCUAAAGGUCCAGGAGAUGGAAGCUAGCUGUGCAGAGAAGGUAAGGCCAUGUUUUCAGUGGCUGAAGCUCUGAUCCAGCUGCAUGUAACUGAGUCAGCUUGAAAUUAAGUCACAGCAGCAAAGGCACAGGACAGGGAGCAGCUUUAGCAGCCCAUCACCGAACCUCAUAGAUGCCAGGCACAUGGCGGGCGAGUUGGCUUAGGGAAAGCAGAUGCAUGUGACAAGUUAGGACACGGACCAUGCGAUUAGGCCCAUGGGCUGGAGGUUCCCCAUCACUGAUGUAUUCCUUUUGAGAGGUGAGAACAUCAAGAGCCCCUCUAAGCUGAUGCUCCCCCUGCUAUCUCUCAAGUUUUGCUUCUGCGCUCCAGGCUCCCUUAACUGUCUAAACAGGCGUUUGGGUUCACGAUGGGUAAGCGCUCUUGAACAAAUCACCGUAUUUUAAGACGUGGAGAGUCAGGUGGAUCUUGCAAUGUGCUCCCACUGACUAGAGCAAGUAGAGGGACCCCGUAACGCUCAAGAUGUUCCUGGAUCAGAGCUGCCAUCACCCCUGGCUGUUGGCCACCCUACUGUGAAAUUGGUGCCCUUCAGAGUCUUGGGCUCCCAAGGUCCCAUCCCUGGAAUUGACAGAUGGCAGCUAGCACAUGGACCUAAUGCAUGUUCACAGUGCCUGCCUUUUGUGGGGGUUUCAUAGGGUAGCCAGUGAGAAUCCGCCACUCCUGACUGGGGCAGAAUAAGCUGGCUGCCUCUUUGUGCUGCAGAGGAUUAGUGGGUGAUGCAAGCAAUCAAAGGCUGCAUAUAAUUUGUUCUCCAUUACAGCGCACAAGCUCAAAAGAUGUGCAGGUUAUUCCUAGGAUGUGAUUUAUGCUGAGUGUUCACCUAGGCUGGUUUUCCAUUUAGCCUUCUGAAAAGCUGUUUGAGAGGCUGUUACAAAGUGAUUAAGUUUUGACAUUUUUUCAUCUUUGCUUCUUCCCCCGCACCUCAAAGCUGGGGGAAUGUCCUGUAGUUCCUCAUAGCCUCCCAAACUGACCUCAGAAUUACUCUUCUCCAACAGGAGCUGGAAAUUGAAAGGCUUAAUGCUGUGUUGAAGCAACAUGGACUUGUCGGCCAGUCCAGAUAAGGUGCCAUCCUAGGGCCCAACGGAGCCAGUGCCGCCAUACUGUGCCAUUUUGAACAUACUCUUUUGUACAUUCCCUUCCAUGCCUAGAACAAUAUUCUAUCCCUAUUGCUUGUUAAGACUCAAGUCUUGAAAAAAAAAAUCCACAUAUCUGAAAACCAAUUAUUA